AUGGCCAUCAAUGGCAGCGCUCUGCAGACUGAAAAGCCCCGUUUCACCAAACCCAAGAUAUGUUUUCUUGCCUGGGCAUUGUUGGUGACGUUUUUCACGUCUGCUCAAAGCAGAAUCGAUGGAACAGCAGAUCCCGGCCAAGGUGAGCUCAUUUUAUCAUUGCAAACAGCCGUUGAAGGGGCCCAAAACGAGCAGGCGUUGGCUCUAGAGCUUUCCCACAAUGUGACUGGAACCCACGACCAGAUGGCAUUGCAAGAUUGUCUGCAACUGUUUGAAGACACAUUACAUCGUCUCAACGGUUCUCUGAAUUCAACCAAGACUUCCCAAUUGGAGAAUCCGGCAGAUGUGGCAAGCGUCCACACAUGGAUAAGCGCUGCUCUGACUAAUCAACAUAUGUGUCUCGAUGGAUUCUCCGGCACAAAUUAUAAGGGAGAAAACAAUAGCAGUAUUAAUCUCAGUGAUGUUGGGUCAUCGAUUUCAGUUCAAGUGUCGAAUGUGUCGAGGUUAAUAAGUGCUUCGCUUGCCCUUUUCACGAGUUUGUACUCAAGCUCGCCGGCGGCGCCCGGGAAACGCAGAUUGUUAUCAUAUGGAGAGAAAAUGGGGUUUCCUGAGUGGGUAUCGGGGGAUCAAAGGCGGCGGCUUUUGCAGAGUGGUGGAGACGUUGUGGUAUCGAAGGAUGGGUGGGGGGAUUAUACAACGAUCACAGAAGCAGUGAAUGCGUAUGCUCCGCCUCAGGGUAACAAGACAUAUUAUGUGAUUUAUAUAGCAGCUGGGCGAUAUUAUGAGAACAUUGUGAUUGGAUCGAAUAUGACGAAUCUGAUGAUGAUUGGAGCCGGCAUGGACCAAACUUUUGUGCUGGGUAACAGAAGCAUUGGUGAUUCCAAAACUCUUUAUGGCUCUGCAACUUUCGGUAAGUAG